AUGGACGACGAAGGCAGCAACAAUCAAGAACACAAAGCUCUUUUACGUAAGCCCUUCCCGCCCAGACGAUGCCACAAGGACGGCGUUAUCGUUCGCGCGGUGCAGCCGUCCAGUCACGGCUCACUCAUUGCAGCUCCUGCGGCCCAGACCACCACCUCUCAACCCCCGCUCGCUCGCCAUGCUUCGCCGGCUCGCGGUCCCCCGCUCCAUCCCCCGGGCCAACGCCUCUGGUACGCAUCAUCGACCUCUCCCCACACGCCGACCCGCCCACGCGCAGAAGAAGACAGUCCGCUGCUCCGAGACUGGUUACUCCGACGAGUCGCCCUUCAACUGCUGCACCCCUCCACCUCGCGCGUUUCUUGUACUGACAUAGCAGGGCGUCUCUUCUCGACCACCCCCCGCAGGUGCAACGACGUCACCCUUACCAUCGAUGGCAAGGAGGUCACCGUCCCCGCCGGAACCGCCCUCAUCCAGGCGUGUGAGAAGGCCGGUGCCAACGUCCCUCGUUUCUGUUACCACGACAGGCUAGCCAUCGCCGGUAACUGUCGUAUGUGUCUUGUCGAGAUUGAGCGUGCCCCCAAGCCCAUCGCUUCGUGCGCUCAGCCCGUCAUGCCCGGACAGAAGGUCUUCACCAACACCGAGAAGGUCCACAAGGCCCGUGAGGGUGUGAUGGAGUUCCUCCUCUCGAACCACCCCCUCGACUGCCCUAUCUGUGACCAGGGUGGUGAGUGUGACCUCCAGGACCAGUCGAUGCGCUACGGCUCCGACCGCUCGCGCUUCAACGAGAUUGCCGGCAAGCGUGCCGUCUCCAACAAGGAGUUUGGGCCCAUCGUCAAGACUUCGAUGAACCGCUGCAUUCAGUGCACCCGUUGUGUUCGUUUCGCCAACGACGUCGCUGGUGUCGAGGACCUCGGUACCUCGGGCCGUGGAAACGACCUCCAGAUCGGCAUGUACAUUGAGAAGUCGCUCAACUCUGAGAUGUCCGGAAACAUCAUCGACCUCUGCCCCGUCGGUGCUCUUACCUCCAAGCCCUACCAGUACAACGCUCGUCCUUGGGAGCUGAAGAAGACCGAGUCGAUCGACGCCCUUGACGCCGUUGGCUCCAACAUCCGUGUCGACUCGCGCGGUGUCCAGGUCAUGCGCAUCCAGCCCAAGCUCAACGACGACGUCAACGAGGAGUGGAUCAACGACAAGACCCGUUACGCCUACGACGGUCUCCGUGUUCAGCGUCUGACUACUCCCCUCGUCCGUGAGGGCGACCGCUUCGUUCCCGCCACUUGGGAGCACGCUCUCGAGACCAUCAACCACGGCCUCGCCAAGUCGGGCGCCAAGGGUGACGAGAUUAAGGCUAUUGCCGGUCACCUUGCCGACACCGAGUCGCUUGUUGCCCUCAAGGACUUUGUCAACCGUCUCGGCUCUGAGAACACCACCCUCGACGUCACCAACCCCGACGCCCCCAUCGCUUCCGGUGUUGACGUCCGUUCCAACUACCUCUUCAACACUGGUAUCCCCAACGUCGAGGAGGCUGACGCCAUCCUUCUGAUCGGCACUAACCCCCGUCACGAGGCCGCCAUCAUCAACACUCGCUUCCGCAAGAUGUGGCUCCGCAACGGUGCCAACUUUGGUGUCAUCGGCGAGGACUUCCCGUCCACUUUCGAGUACGAGUCGGUCGGCAAGAGCGCCGCCGACGUCGAGAAGUUCCUCAAGGGCGACGCCGGCAAGGGCUUCGCCAAGACCUUUGCCGAGGCCAAGAAGCCUCUUAUCGUUGUCGGUUCCGCCGUCACCGAGGGCAAGGACGCCGCCGCCGUCCUCAAGACCGUUUCCGAGUUUGUCCUCUCCAAGGCCGACAAGUUCCUCACCCCCGAGUGGAACGGUUUCUCGACCCUCCAGCGCGCCGCCUCGCGUGCCGCCGCCUACGACAUUGGAUUCCAGCCCUCUGCUGAGAGCUCCAAGACUUCGCCCAAGUUUGUCUACCUCCUGAACGCCGACGAGAUUGACCCCUCGUCGAUCCCCGAGAACGCGUUCGUCGUCUACCAGGGCCACCACGGUGACGUCGGUGCCCAGUACGCCGACGUCUGUCUCCCCGGUGCCGCCUACACCGAGAAGGCCGUCACCUGGGUCAACACCGAGGGCCGCACGCAGCUCGGCCGCACCGCCGUUCCUCCCCCGGGAGCUUCGCGCGAGGACUGGAAGAUUAUCCGUGCCCUCUCCGAGGUUGUCGGCUCGCCCCUUCCCUACGACGAUGUCUACCAGCUCCGGGACCGCAUGUGGGACGUCUCCCCCACAUUAGUCCGCCACGACGAGGUCGACGCCCCGUCACCGGAAACCCUCCGUGCCGGUCUCGAGGCUCUCGCCAAGGCCGACGCCCCCUCGCCCUCUAACGAGGCCUUCCGCAAGCCCAUCCAGGACUUCUACCGCACCGACCCCAUCUCGCGUGCGUCGGUCACGAUGGCCAACUGCUCCAAGGCGUUUGCCGGCGGCCAGUCGCCCACGCCCGAGAACGAGGCCCGCGAGGACGACAAGCGCGCCGCCCAGGAGGACGCCGCCAAGCGCGCCAGCGCGUAA